CACUUCCGCCCAAGAAGCUGCCACUGGAGUUCAUUAUCGCUAACAGCCUUUCCCUCGACACAUAUUCGUAGUGAAGAUGUGCACACCUACACGAUUGGCCACACAUUGAUCAUCCACUUCGCAAGCAGAUACAGCCAUGGCGCCGCCAGCAGACGCUCCGACCACAAUUACGCUACGCAUCAAGGUGCCGCCAGGACAUAUCGAGGGUGCUGCAGAUGAAUUCACGCUGGGAGCCGAUGUCCCCGUCAGCGCCUCUAUUGGCGAGAUCCGAGAACGAAUCCAACGAACAGUUGCCUCCCACCCAGCACCGGAACGGCAGCGAAUACUCUAUGCGGGGCGAGCAUUGGUGGAUAAUGAGCAGACGUUGGGAGAUGCGCUGAACAUUCGAAGAGAUCCAACACAGACGGAGUAUGUCGUGCACUUGCUCGUCAAGGGCGACGGUACCGCUGCUACGACGCCAUCUCGUGCCGGGAGCCACAGUGCUGCUGCUCGCAGUUCAGGUGCAGCGUCAACAGGUCCACCUCACACCAAUGGGAAUGGGAUUGGAAGCACUCAACAGCCUGCGCUUGGGCAACAAAGAACGGCCCAGGAUAGCUCAAACAUCGCUCAGCUCCUUCAGCAGCAGCAAGCAAGGCUCAUCGCUCAGCAGCAACAAUUUGUGCACGAUGCCCACCACAAUCGCUUCGCUGCCGGUCAAGGUCAAGGACAACAAGGUCAAGGCGGCUUACCCGCUGCUAUGCUUGUGCCACCAGCACAGCAGUAUGGUCAUCAUGGACUAGGAGCGCAUCUUGCGCCGCAUCUGCCACCAUUCAUACCACAAGCACACUUUGCACAGCCAGGCCUUCAAGCAGCGCACACCGAUGCCACAGCAGAACGACCGUCUUCCCCGGCGCCGAGUCAAGCUGAUAAUCAGCAGCGCAGUGCUUCCCAGCCUCCGCGUCGACCACACGGCCAAGGCGUGAUCCUCGAAGGCAGAGGUCCCAACGGAGAACGCUUCCAUUUCCAGCAGCAUAUUCAACUUGGUCCGCAAAUUCCUGCUCUUGGUUUGCCUCACAUGCCCCACUUCGGUCAGCACCUACCGCCACCGCCACCGCGACGGAAUGGGCCCAGUGCUGUCGAGCAGGCUCGUGACAACCUUGCUGAAAUGCGACGUAUGCUGGCCGACCUCCGCGGACUUGAUGGAGCAACUGAUGAGCAGCGGAGUCGCAUUGAGCGAUUGCAGCAACGCACUGAAGAAGUGCAAAGCUUCGUUGACCCAUUCAAUAUUGGCGGCUCUACUGCACCUGCCGCCACAGCUCUGAAUAAUUUGCGUGCUUCAGGUACCGCGCAAGGCAUGCCCGUGCCACGUGCAAGCUCGCAACUGCCUUCAAUAUUCGGCACCUCAGAUAUCCCGCACUUCAUACAGCAGCCCAGCCCCACCUCAAGAACGCCUGCCGAUGUAACGUGCUACUUACUAUCCUCGCCUGCUGGACCUCAGGCCAUCUUAUACUCUCCGCAGCACGGGACUUAUACUGGUGGUGUGGCGCCACAGCCGACACGUACAACGCAGCCAGCACCUAUGACCGCCAAUGAACGGCCUCUCGCCGAUCAGGCUCAAGCUGUGGCUGCUCAGCCCGUCGUAGCCCAAGCUGCAGCUGUACAACAGGACAAUCUUGGUGCUCUAGGUCCACUCAUCAAUCAUAUGUGGCAUCUAUUGCGUGUGCUCAUCUUCGCAUACUUCAUAAUCGGAGCAAAUCUUGGCUGGCGACGCCCUUUGGCUAUGCUGGCAAUCGCCAUUGGCUUCUGGUUACUUCGGCAGGGACCUCUCGGCGAGGGUGGCGUACUGCGGCGCUGGUGGGAUGGUAUCGUCAACCAAGGUCAGCGUCCAGUGCCAGUUGCGCCAGGAAAUAAUGGUCAGCAGCAAGGACAAGUUCAAGCUGGAAACAUGAGACCUGGCCAGAUGCCAACUCCAGCACAAGUCGCACAACGACUACUUGACGAAGACCGACAGCAGCGGAAUAAUCGAUUGUCCUGGCUCAGAGAGCAAAUCCGUCCUGCCGAGCGAGCACUUGCACUUUUAGUUGCUAGCCUGUGGCCUGGAGUGGGCGAAGCCUAUGUUAGAGCUCUCGAGGCCGAAGAGCGGCGAAGAAACGAGGAAGAGGUUGCUGCACGUAGGCGGGAGGAGGAAGAACGGCAGCAGCGGGAGGCGGAAGAGAAGAAGAAAGCCGAAGAAGCUGCAACAAGUACGGAGACUAGAAGCAGCUCUGGGGUUGCGAUCGCUGAAGGGGGCCCCAGUACGACUGUAACGGCAGAUGGGAGCGAUAAGAAUGACGCUUCAGAAGAGAGCCGGGCUGCAGCUUGAUACGAGCAAUUACUUUACACCCUUAUGGCUAGGACAACAAUCGUCGAAUAGCGGGUAUGCUGAAGGCUUCGGUCAUUAUGGCUCUCUGACCUCGAUUUGCACUCUCGUGUCAACCCUUUCAGCUUCUUCUUUUGCGUUGAUUCCGCUGUGACCUAGUGGCAUGACC